UCUGCCGCUUUCCUCUUAGCAUGUAGCUCCGCUCUGCACGCUAGCAGCGAUGUGAGUCCAGAACCCGGUCGACAUCCCGGUCCCCCCUGGUCCUCCUGGGUCCGGGUCCCGGUCCCGGCGCCCUCCAUGGAGACCUGGACCCCGAACCCCCGCGCCAAACCCUUCGUCCCCCGCCAGCAGCGGAGUCUGUACCGCAGCUGGAGGUACCGGCUGAGCAGCGCCAGGAGCGUCCGGAGGCUGUGCCAGGCGGGCUCCGUCCUCUUCCUGCUGGUCACCGUCAUCGUCAACAUCAAGCUAAUCCUCGACACGCGGCGCGUCGCUAACGAGGACGCCGCCGUCUCGCAGGACUACGAGGAUGCUAACGCUAACGUGGAAACGCCGCGCCGCCUGGCUAGCGGACGCCGUGUCCUGGACAUGGAGGUGUACUCCAGCCGCUCCAAAGUCUACGUCGCCGUGGACGGCACCACCGUUCUGGAGGACGACGCCCGGGAGCAAGGCCGUGGGAUCCACGUCAUCGUCCUCAACCAGGCCACGGGUCACGUGAUGGCCAAGCGGAUCUUCGACACCUACUCCCCCCACGAGGACGAGGCCCUGGUCCUCUUCCUGAACAUGGUGACCCGGGGCCGGGUCCUCAUCUUCACCAUCAAGGACGAGGGAACGUUCCACCUCAAGGACGCUGCCAAGAACGUCCUGAAGGGCCUGGGGAGUUCCGAGGCCGCCCAGCUCAGCUGGAGGGACAUGUGGACCCUGGUGGUCCAGAAGGGGGGUCCGGUCUACGGCGAGAAGAGCUCCAAGUCCCCGUCCCUGUCCAGCUGGGCCGACCCGGUCCUGCUCCAGACCCAGGUCCAGCUCAGCGCCGCUGAAGCAGAGUCGGAGUGCGCCUGGAGCGACGGGGAAUUGAACCGGCGGCGCCGCACGUUCUGCAGCAAGGUGGAAGGUUACGGCUCCAUCUGCAGCUGCCGAGACCCCGCCCCCAUCCACUUCUCCCCAGAACCACUUCAGAACAACAACGUGUUCGAUGUUCCCGUCGCCGUCAUCGCGGGAAACCGGCCCAACUACCUGUACAGGAUGCUGCGCUCGCUGCUGUCGGCUAACGGUGUCAACCCCAACAUGAUCACCGUCUUCAUCGACGGCUACUACGAGGAGCCCAUGGACGUGGUGGAGCUGUUCGGGCUGCGCGGCGUUCAGCACACGCCCAUUAGCAUCAAGAACGCCCGCGUCUCCCAGCAUUACAAGGCUAGCCUGACCGCGACCUUCAACCUCCAUCCGGAUGCUAACUACGCCAUCGUGCUGGAGGAGGACCUUGAUGUCUCCGUCGACUUCUUCAGCUUCCUGAGCCAGACCAUCCGCCUGCUGGACGAGGACGACAGCCUGUACUGCAUCUCCGCCUGGAACGACCAGGGCUACGAGCACACGGCGGAUGACCCGGCGCUGCUCUACCGGCUGGAGAACAUGCCGGGCCUCGGCUGGGUUCUCAAGAGGAGCCUGUACAAAGAUGAGCUGGAGCCAAGAUGGCCGACGCCCGAGAAGCUGUGGGACUGGGACAUGUGGAUGCGGAUGCCGGAGCAGCGCCGCGGCCGGGAGUGCGUGGUUCCCGACGUUUCCAGAACGUACCACUUUGGGAUCGUCGGCCUCAACAUGAACGGCUACUUCCACGAAGUGUAUUUUAAGAAGCAUAAGUUCAACACGGUUCCAAACGUCCAGAUGAGGAACGUGGAGAACCUAAAGAGGGACGCGUACGAAGAGGAGAUCCAGCGGCUGCUCAGGAGCGCCGAGGUUCUGGAUCACUCCAAGAACCCGUGUGAGGACUCCUUCGUCCCGGACUCAGAGGGGAGGACCUACGUCAUGUUCAUCAGGAUGGAGUCCGAGUCCGACACCGGGACCUGGCUCCAGCUAGCUAAGUGCCUCCACGUGUGGGACCUGGACCUGCGUGGGAACCACCAGGGUCUGUGGAGAAUGUUUCGGAAGAGGAACCAGGUCCUGGUGGUGGCGGCUCCGCUGUCCCCCUACAGCGUGAAGAAACCGGCCAGCGUGACGCCCAUCUACCUGGAGGCUCCGCCCCCAAGAGAGGACAACGCCCCCGCCGAGCCCGGCUAGCUAGCACGCUAGCUGGCUCCGCCCACUGGACUGUCGCUAACUCCCGAGGAUUUCAAGCUAGCUUCGGCCCGGCUAGUUCCUUCUGAUGCUAGGCGGCUAAUGCUAGCACUCUCUGAUGCUAUGCUACGUUCUGUUGUUGUUUAUUUAUUUGAGUUCAAGCUAGCUAGCCUUAGUUUGUUUUGUUUUAACGAUGCUAACCAGUAGAUGCUAGCUGUUAGCAUUGGAAGCUGUUAGCAGAGGCUAACCCGUGUUUGUUUUUCUUCAAAAUAAAAGUUUUUCUAAGA